UUCUCAGUUAUGCUGCUUAACAGCUUAUCCACCCCUCCUCUCCAGUCCUCUCUUUUUAGCCAACCCAGGUGGUGGAGACAGAGAGGCCAUGGCAACUCGGGUCGCCGGCACUGACAAGCCUCACGCGGUGUUCUUCCCUUUCCCAGCUCAGGGCCAUGUCAAGCCGGCGCUCCAGCUAGCCAAGCUCCUCCACCACUGCCAUGGCUUUCAGGUCACCUUUGUCCACACCGAGCACAACCGCCGCCGCCUCCUCCGCUCGCGCGGCCCCGACGCGCUCGCGGGGAUCCCUGGGUUCCGCUUCGCCGCCGUCCCGGACAGUCUGCCACCCUCCGAUGUGGACGCGUCGCAAGACAUGGGUGCCUUGCUGUUUUCCCUGGAGACAUUGGUGCCGCACUUCAGGAACCUCGUCUCAGACCUCCCGCCGGUGACCUGCGUUAUCUCUGACAUCGAGCACAUCCUGGUUGCGUCCAAGGAGAUGGGACUUCCCUGCGUCACCCUCUGGACCACGAGCGCCUGCGCCUUCAUGGCGUUCCAGCAGUUCCAGCAGCUUGUCAACAGGGGCAUUGUUCCUCUCAAAGAUGAUGAUCAGCUAUGGAACGGAUACCUUGACAACACGGUCCUGGACUGGGUACCAGGAAUGCCCAAGGACAUGCGCCUAAGGGACUUCCCGAGCUUCAUCCGCACUACGGACCCUGAUGACGCCAUUCUUAAUCUCGUGUUGCGCUCAAUGGCGUACCAACGAACCACUCCAACUGCCAUCGUCCUCAACACCUUCGACAAGCUAGAGCAUGAAGUCCUCAUUGCGAUUUCCACCAUCUUGCCACCGAUCUAUGCCGUCGGGCCAUUGCCGCUCCUCCUGGAUCAAGUCUCCGGAAGUGAGGCCGACACGUUGGGAUCAGACCUUUCCAAGGAGGACCCGGCCUGCCUAGAGUGGCUCAAGGGCAAGCGGCCAAACUCUGUGGUCUAUAUAAGCUUUGGGAGCAUAGCAACACUGAGUAAAGAACAGGUGGUGGAAUUCGCGUGGGGUUUGGCUAACAGUAAACAAGAGUUCCUGUGGGUGAUCAGAAAGGACCAAGUGGGCAAUGACGCUAGUGAUGGCCCAGCCGCUGUGCUACUGCCACCGCAGUUCUUGGAGGAGACCAAUAAGAGGGGUUACCUGACGAACUGGUGUCCGCAAGAGGAGGUGCUUCAGCACGAGGCCAUUGGCGCAUUCCUGACACAUUGCGGGUGGAACUCGAUGCUAGAGAGUAUCAGUGCUGGGGUGCCGAUGUUGUGCUGGCCGUUUGGCGCCGAUGAACACACCAACAGCAGGUACGCUUGCUCCGAGUGGCGCGUCGGCAUGGAGAUCGGAAGCGAUGUGAAGAGAGAUGAGGUAGAGUCAGCCAUCAGGGAGGUGAUGGAAGGGGACAAGGGAAAGGAGAUGAGGAGAAUGGCGAUGGAAUGGAAGGAGAAGGCAACCUUGGCUGCACUGCCAUGCGGGUCUUCUUGGAUUAGUCUGGAGAAGGUGAUUGGUGAGGUACUUACAGCGCCUCUUGCGGAGAAGCAUACUGAAAUAUGAAACGAUUUGUGGUCUCCGCUGACAAUAACUGAUGAACGGACAUGAUAUAUAUGCCACGGUUCAUCUGAUAUGUGUCAAACUUGGUUGUUCCUCUGUAAACAAAAUAUUUGCAACGCUCAUUUGCAUAGCUAGAUUUUCUAGUUCUCGGGCAUUGCUAUGCAUGUUGUUUAAGAUUUUGUCUGGUACACAAUUCUGGCCAUUGUUUCCCAUAUACAUAUUUUGUAAUACUAAGUUUUUUUUUGCA